AUGCCAGAGGAACCCAGUAAAGACACCAUGACAGUGGCAGCAGCCCCAGAAAGAGCUGUCGUGGAGAAGGCCAACAUCAAUGACCACACUCCGACUGUGACUAUAGUAGCUAUCCCUUUGGUCACUGAAAUCCAACUGAAUGCGGCCACAGGUGGUGCAGAACUCUCCUGCUAUCGUUGCACAGUGCCGUUUGGCGUGGUCAUUCUCAUUGCCGGUAUCGUGGUCACUUCUGUGGCCUACAGCUUCAACUCACAUGGGUCCACCAUCUCCUACUUUGGGCUGGUGCUACUAUCUGUUGGACUGGUGCUAUUGGCACUAAGUGCGGUAUGCUGGAAGAUGAGACUUGAGAGAAAGAAGGAGAGGCGGAGGGAAAGCCAAACUGCACUGGUUGCAAACCAGAGGAGCAUCUUUGCAUGA